UCCCGACAGAUUCCGGCUAUGGAGGUUCUAUGGAGCGUUUUAACUAUGAUCCUGGCGACUUCGAAGAGUUUCGAAAGUCUAGUGGUCAUCCGAUUCUUUGUCGGCUUGGCUGAGUCAACGUUCUAUCCCGCCAUCCAGUAUGUGAUAGGUAGCUGGUACAAGGGCGACGAGCUGGGAAAGCGCGCUUGUCUAUUCCACGUACGUCCAGCACCUCGGCUCAAAAGCUUUAACUCCCCCGGCCAUACCGUGUACAGCAUUGCUCAGAUCAAUCUGUAUCCCCUCGGUAUCAACGCGGUCCAGGUAGUAACAACCUUGACAUGGGCAUGGUGGUCUGAUGCAGUCCGCGCUAGAUGGCCUCCUAUGAUUGUGGCAGGGACUUGGCAAAUGGUGAACUGCAUUGUCCUUGCUAGUAGUCCACUGUACACCCAUAUUACAAGGCGUUGGGUCUUCUACUACUUCACGCUUUGCCAAGGCGGCCUGUCUGGUCUGAUACUUGCGUGGGCGAACGAGCUGACUGGCUAUGAUAACGAAAAACGGUCCUUUGUGGUGGCUUGUUGUAAUACGUUCGCAUAUGUUUUCCAGGCAUGGCUUCCGAUUGUGCUAUUUCCUCAAGUUGAGCAGCCUAGAGUGCAGAAAGGCACCAUCGCCACAAUUUUCAUCAAUUUUGGAAUGGUGUGCUUUGCACUGCUCACCAUGGCGCUACAAAAGCGCGACGAACGACGGAAGAAGCUGCAGGAGGUGCAGGACGCAGUAGCGAAUGAUCCUGAUGGUCUGGUGAUUUUGGAAACAUAUGAUCCGUUGUCGCGUAAAGUGUCUAAGGACUCCAAGGACUAA